AAUGCAAUUAGGCUUUGACAGAUAACCUCCAGCGUCUUUCACUAGUGAAGCGGCAUCGCCUUGGCGGGGCAACUUUACAGUGGGGGUUAGCCUAAAAGGCCACAAUUGACCCCUCCCCCUCUAUUGAAUGCGGCGCGACGACACACUUCUUUUUUUCAAGCUUCUGACUCACGGCACCGAGCUUUUGGAGCGAUAUAUAGCCUCGACCGCUUCUUAUAGCCACCCUUCCUUGCAUUAACACAAGACUACGAAACUCAAUCAACAUGUCGAUCGUGGUUCCCACCACCAAGGAAGAGCGCAUUGCGCUCAUCCGCGAAAACCUUGCCGAAGAGCUCAACUUCGACAUCAUUGAGAAGAUCAUUGAUGCUGGAGGUAGCCCCAAGAUCUACUGGGGAACUGCUACUACCGGCCGCCCUCACUGCGCCUACUUCGUUCCCGCCAUCAAGAUCGCCCAGCUUCUGGCUGCAGGAUGUGAGGUUACCAUUCUUCUUGCCGAUAUCCAUGCUUUCUUGGAUAACCUCAAAGCCCCUAUCGAAAUGGUCGACCACCGUGCUACAUUCUACCGCUACACAAUUACCGCUGUGCUCGAAGCCGUCGGCGUCAAGACCGAUAAGCUCAAGUUCGUGCUCGGAAGCUCUUACCAGAAGAGUGCUGAAUAUGUGAUGGACGUUUACCGCCUAGCCUCGGUUGUAUCAGAGAACGAUGCUCGCAGAGCUAGUGCCGAAAUUGUCAAGCAAUCGAACAACCCCCCUCUGAGUGGUCUUCUCUACCCUGUUUUGCAGAUUCUCGACGAAGAAUACUUGAAGGUAGAUGCACAAUUCGGUGGUAUGGAUCAAAGAAAACUUUUCAUUGCAGCCAAGGAGUGGUUGCCUAAGAUUGGCUACAAGGAGCGCGCACACAUUAUGAACCCCAUCGUUCCUGGUCUCCAAGGAGCUAAGAUGAGCUCCAGCGAUCCUGAUAGCAAAAUCGACAUUCUUGAAUCUGCCGAGGCUAUCACCAAGAAGAUUCGCAAGGCUGAAGCCAUCCCCAAGGUUGUUGAGGGCAACGGUGUCUUGGCUUUCACCGAGUUUGUUCUGCUCCCUGCUGCUGGACUGCGUGGCAAGAAGGAGUUCAUUGUCGAGAGACGUGAUGAAGAACCCCUUGUCUACACCAGCAUUGAACAAAUGCACAGCGAUUACGCCAACGAUAUUCUCACACCUCAGAUUCUGAAACCCGCCGUUUCAAAGGCUCUUAUUGAGCUGACAGCUCCUAUCAGAGCCGCCUACGAGGCGUCGAAGGACUGGCAAGACAUUACUCUCAAGGCUUACCCUCCUCCUGAAAAGAAAGUCAAGAAGGUUAAGGACAAGGGAUCGCGCCACCCUGGCAAGCCUGGUGGCAAGCCCGAAGACAAGAAACCUGAAGUAGCCGCUGAAGGUGCUGCUGCCACCACAAAAGAGGUGGAAGAAGCUACAUCACAGGUCGCCAACGUUUCACUCUAAACGACCAGUAGAUAGCAAUAAAACUAUUAGCAACUA